GGCGAAGAUGCAGGAGGCUGAGCGCCCCCCCGGAUGGUCCUCUUUAUUUGUUUUUAAUUUGGUUAAUCCAUGUGGCGGCCGCUACACUUCUGGCGAUAUUUAGUAGCAGAAUGAAGCACAGUCUCAUCUCAGGACAAAAAUUAAAGCACUUCACGAGGGAAGCUGAAUCAUGUCUUCAGGCUCUCGGCAGCCUGCCAGCCUUCGGCAGCUAAAGGAAUUUGACAAUCUUACCGAGUCCAUCAGUGACCUGGUCCACCAGCUGCAGGAUAUCGAUCCCACCCGCCUUUCAUUCUCCCCUUUUCUGGAUCUGGACACACAGAUCUCAUUGGCUCCUGUUUCUGACAGUCCUGAGUCGUCCGUGUCUGAACUCAACUCCGUCUCGGUGUCAGCACCAGGUUCCCGCACCUCAAUUGAGAUCCUGUCAGUCGAGGAGCAGUGUGAACCAGCGACUAGAGAAGAUGGCCGAAUCAAAGAUGGGCAGAAUUUGGAGUCCAGUAGUUCAGAAGUGUCACUGAAAGUUGAAAGGGAGGCUGAAGAGGAGGAGGAAGAAGAAGAGGAGCAAGAAGAACUAGAGCUUGUAACUUUGGGUAUGAUAAGUGAGACAUCUUUUUUGGACGUCAACAAAGACAUAGAUGGAUCGGUUCCUCAAAAUAUUAACACAAGGGUGGAGCUUCAUGAAGAGCUAGCUAGUGAUGGAGCUGAAGAAGAACAGCCAUUUUUGGGCAAUAACUCAUGGCCCAGUUCCCCAUCUCCAGAAGAUACGGAUAGGGGGUGCAAGAAAUGCUGUUUGGGUGUCCGUCUCAGACUCAUCAUGUCCAGCUUCGCUGCGCUCCUCCUCACACCUUGCAUUUUAUAUGGGACUUAUAUGUACCUACCCUUUGACCCACCAGUCUGCAGGGACUUGAGCGAACGCAUUGUCUAUGCAAUCCAGUGCUGCGUGGUGUUGACUUUGCCAGUCAUUCUAGGCCUUCUCUCCAGUGCUGCCGCCACACUCUGUUCAGCCACCACUCAAGAUUCUCCAGCUCAAGGUGCCACUCUGCAGCAGGUGUUCGUCUCUUCUUCCUCAGAACAUCUUAGCCUUUAUGCCCUCAACCUUGUAGCCCUGGCCACAUUCUUGGAGCAGGGGCAGUUACGUGCCAUUCCCAUCCUGGCAGGGUUGUUUGGGAUCAGUAGGUUGCUCUACUGGGUGUCUCUGCACGUCUGCUCAUCACUCCGAGGAUUUGCGUCUGGGCUCAGCUUCUGUCCACUUCUGGCAAUGAGUGUCUUUAAUACAAGCUGCAUCUGUGGCUUGAACUUUCUCCAUUUACUCCUUAACCACUUUGGAAGUAACUCUUCUGAGACGACAGCUACUCCUGGGACUGGCUGAACACAUCCGAUGGGGCCACACGAGGAGAAUAGCAGCCUUUACACCCCACACAGGCGUGUAUUUAGUUCAUAAGCACCAGGCGAGGUGGACUUUUCUCAGGUGUCCUAGUAUUCCCAAGGACAUUCUCAAUUACUUUUUUCCAUUUUUUCCUGCUAUUGGAAAUGUAUAAAUGAAUAGUAGAUUAGCUGAGAGAGGUCAUCUUUAAAAGAUGUAUUUAAAGUGAAUAUUUGUAUAAAACAUCACUAUUUUCGUUGAUUUGAAGAAAAAACGGUGCAUAUGAAAAUCUUUAGUAUGUCUUUUCUAGUGAAUGUAAAGAACAUUUCUGGUCAGGUCUCUCUGCAGGGGGCAGGUUGUGAAGCAGUGAAGAAAAACAAUGGGCCGUGCUAAAAUGAGAAGACAAGAUCGUCAGAUUAGGGUAGCAGAGAAAGGAGACUGUAGUUUUGAGUAUUUUAGAGUUUUGUCCUUUCACAUUAGCUGCAAAGUGAGACUACAUUAUGACUGCAUCUCGAAUAAUUUGUUGCUCUAGUCUCAGUUUGAUGGUUAUAAAAUAAAGAGAGAGGGUCAACAGCUACAAAUCACUCUAUUAUUAAAGAAAAUCUUAAGACAAGGCGAGUGCUAAGAGAUUUUUUGAAGUUCCACCCUCCUCUCAACCAUUUCCGGGUAACGGCCCACGCCUACAGUCCUUUCACCUCUCAUUGGUGUGAUUGCUUUAGUCAGACACAGUUCCAGUGCUGUCAGCUCUUAUCCAUUUUUAAGUCUUCCUCACUUUAAGUUCCCAAUAAAAGAAGACUUAUUAUCUCCAAAUCUUAUUGAAGAAUUUCAUCCAGAAGUGUUAUCAACAAAGAAAUGAGUACAGAGGCAAUCCCAGCACCGAGAAACGAUGAAGUCAAAUGAAUUAAUGUGAAAAUUGAUGAUUGGUUACACAUCAAAUUGGUUAAAU